AUGACUUCGUCAAACGCAGACCAGUACCCGUCGGGAUACAGCGAGGGAUAUUCUGCUGAUGUGGACAUAAUCCGCGAACAAGAAUAUCCUCUCCUCAACGAUACCACGUAUCUGGAUCAUGCCGGCACAACGCCUUAUGCUAAAUCCACAAUUGAAGAGUUCUCCCGGCAACUGACAUCUAAUUUGUUUGGGAACCCUCACUCAAUGUCGUUGUCAUCUCAACUCUCGACACAGAGGACAGACGACAUUCGUCUUCGUGUCCUGCAAUUCUUCAACGCAGAUCCCGAUGAGUUUGAUCUUGUAUUUGUGGCAAACGCAACAGCAGCCAUUAAGUUAGUGGCAGAUGGUCUGCGAGACUCUGACCAUCGUGGCUUCUGGUAUGGCUACCAUUCUGAUGCGCAUACCAGUCUCGUGGGCGUUCGAGAGCUUGCGGAAAUGGGCCAUCGCUGUUUCCAAGAUGAUGCAGAUUUGGACACUUGGAUCAAAGACCUGCCAAACCUUCCAACGAAAGCUCCAAAGCUCGUCGCAUUUCCAGCCCAGUCAAACAUGAAUGGGCGACGUCUCCCACUCCGCUGGUGUAAGGAGCUUCGUUCCGCCGCCCAAGCCAUGGAUGGGAAUGUAUUCACGCUACUCGAUGCUGCUUCCUUCGUGUCGACAGGCUCGCUUGACAUUUCUGCAGUGUCGCCAGAUUUCACAGCCUUGAGCUUUUACAAGAUCUUCGGGUUCCCUGAUCUUGGUGCACUGAUUGUACGCAAGAAAGCAGCUCGUGUUUUUGAAAGACGCAAGUAUUUUGGGGGAGGCACUGUCGACAUGGUCAUUGCAGCAGGUGCACAGUGGCAUGCCAAGAAAGAAUCGUCCGUUCACGAACUUCUUGAGGACGGGACCCUGCCAUUCCACAAUAUCAUCGCUCUCGAUGCUGCUUUGGACACUCACAAACGACUAUAUGGCUCAAUGACAAAUGUCUCACGGCACACUGCCUGUCUAGCGAAACGAGUGUACGAUCGAUUAUCCGUCUUGAGUCACUGGAAUCAGACAAAUGUCUGUCACAUGUAUCAACCUGGUGCGCAUUACGGAAGUUCCAUCGCGCAGGGACCCAUCAUUGCCUUCAAUCUGCAAAACAGCAAAGGAGAAUACGUCCCGAAAACCGAGAUUGAAAAACUCGCCAAUGUCCAAAAUAUUCAACUUCGCACGGGGUCGGUGUGUAACCCUGGAGGUACAGCAAACGCCUUGGGGUGGACCGGAUUGGAUCUACGAAGACACUAUAGUACAGGUCUUCGGUGCGGAGAUGCUCAUGAUAUCAUCGGCGGGCGUCCGACGGGGGUAGUUCGUGUCAGUCUCGGUGCGAUGACCAAUAUGAAAGACGUCGAAUCUCUUGUCAAUUUCAUAGAGGAGUUCUAUGUGGAGAAAAUCCCCCCAAUAAUGGCUCUCAAGUCCCCUAUGGACAACAGCGAUAUCGUUGAACGGCAUUUCUACGUCGAAAGUCUGUCAGUUUUCCCUAUCAAGAGUUGUGCAGCUUUCAAAAUCCCCGAAGGCAAGCGAUGGGAGAUAAAGCAAGAGGGCUUGGCUUGGGAUCGAGAGUGGUGCCUCAUACACCAAGGUACAGGCACGGCCCUGAACCAGAAGCGUUAUCCUCGCAUGGCUCUUAUUCGUCCCUCUGUUGAUCUCGAGCGCAGUAUCUUGCGUAUCACCUGUGGGGUUAUGUCGGAGCAAGUGAGUCUGGAAAUAUCGCUCAGCUGGGAGGACACGAGUCUCAUCUCAACAUCAUCAUGCCCCAACACCAAGCGCUCUUCUACGGUCUGUGGCGACCGAAUCUCACUCCACGCGUAUUCCUCGCCCGUUGUCUCCGCUUUUUUCUCCGAUUUCCUUGGUGUACCUUGCACACUUGCCAGAUUCCCAUCCCAUACAACUCAUCGAUAUGCACGCCCUCGUCGAUCCUCUGGAGUCUGGAGAAGCAGGUUUCGAAAGCUAAUCAUGCCGGGCGCUUUUCCGCUUGAUUUGCCACCUCCUGUGCAUGAUGCACGCCAGAUCCCGCUCUCACUCUCGAAUGAGUCUCCACUUCUCAUUGUUUCGCGCUCAUCUGUCAAUCGUCUCAAUGAGACGAUCAAGGCUGGAACCAAGUCUGUGAACAGUGGACAUAAGGCUGUCGCCGCAGACGUGUUCCGGGGCAAUAUUGUGGUAGCUGAACGACUGGCCAGUCCUGGCGACACUGAGCAGCCCUACGCGGAGGAUCACUGGUCAUCUGUUCGCAUCGGUCCUGACCAACUCCGAAUUAAUGUCUUGGACGCCUGUCAGCGAUGUCAAAUGGUUUGCAUUGACCAGUUCACAGGUCUGCGGAGCGCCGAGCCAUUCUCUACGUUAGCGAAGACAAGGAAUAUCAAUGGAAAGGUUUGUUUCGGCAAGUACGCGGCACUCGCUCCGGAAGAGACUGAAGUGCAUCAUCCACAAUCUGAUCGCAAGACGGUCAUGGUGGGCGAUGUGAUCAUGCCGAGCUACGACGAUGAAGAGCAUCCAUGA